CCGCGUUGCGCUCAAGUCGCGCACACACGCUCAGCGCAGUUGAACGCAACCGCCGCGCUGCGCCGCGCCGCGCCCCUCGCCAACCAACUCUCGUUCUCUUUUCUCCGUGGGUGCGCGUCGCUCAGACGGUUUCAAGUUUUCCCGUCGGGUAGAGUCGGAUACGUCUACUUCUUCUUUCUUCUCAUCCCUCCGUUGACAUCACGGGGUUGCAACUGAUAACCGGGCGGUGAAGCGGUUCGAGUUGGCUCUCCGGCGGAGCGGCGACGUCUCCACAGCCUCCAUGCUGGUCUCCACACAGGUCAGCGAGGAGAACGUUUGUAGCUAUUCACACCUGCUGAGAGUGGCUCGGUGACCGCGCUCUGGAGAACAGAUGUUCCUUCCUGGUCUCUUGGGAACAGGAAGCCCACAGUCAGCAGGAUCCUCUGCAGGCUUCCUUAAAACCGGUGCUGGCAGGGCUGAUCUGGGAUGAGCCAGGUCGGCUGUAGGGGGCCGGAGGCUCUGUGUGGGCGGAGGAGACUGCUGGCGCUCAUGAUGAAGCUCCCCUGCUCCCUGUACUGCUCCCUGUGGUUCCUCCUGCUGCUGGGAGCCGGCUCCGUGCUGCUCCUCGUUCAUCUGCAGGACCUCUCCGAAAUGGUGCAGCAGCAGACUCCAGGUGGAAACUUUGUGGUGGCUCCUCGUUGGCCAGUUCAGAAGGAUUUGGAUACAGACACCCCAAUGGUGGAGGGACUCAGUCCAGACCAGAGUGACAGCCCAGAUGUAACACCAGAGUUGCAGUACACCCCCUCUAGCCCUCAACUCCACCAAUACCCUCCUGCCAUCCAGCAGCUGACCGACCGCCCUCCAUCAGCCUCUGAAGACCAAGUUGUAGACUCCAAACAGCCUGUCACCAAACGCCAUAGGAAACUGCUUCUUAAGAGUAGUUUUGCCAGCUCUAGCGCCCCUGCUGGUGAGGAGGGGCAGCAGCAGCAGAGCCUGGCCCAGACACAGGAGAGCCGACGUCAACUGCUGAGGGAGGUCUGCUCCAAAUACCGGCCCAGCGUCACCGAGCAGCUCGUGUCACGCCGCCAGGUGUCACGGGUUUAUGUAGAGGACAGGUCCAGGCUGCUCUAUUGCGAGGUGCCCAAGGCCGGCUGCUCCAACUGGAAACGGGUGUUGAUGGUCCUGGGCGGUAGUGCCACCUCCACCCACAACAUCCCCCACGACGCAGCCCACUACGCCAACCACCUUCGGCGCCUGGAGAGCUACGACCACUCUGGCAUCGCCGAGAGACUUCGCUCCUACACCAAGGUCCUCUUUGUGCGGGAGCCCUUUGAGCGGCUGGUCUCCGCCUUCCGUGACAAGUUUGAGAGCCCCAAUUCAUACUACCACCCUGUCUUUGGACGCCCAAUCAUCUCCAGGUAUCGGGCCAAUGCCACACGCGCUGCCUUGCGGACUGGUGCUGGGGUCACCUUCAGGGAGUUUGUCCAGUACCUGCUGGAUGUGCGUCGCCCCGUGGGGAUGGACAUCCACUGGGAGCCGGUCAGUCAGCUGUGUAACCCCUGUCUUCUCCAGUACAACUUCAUUGGGAAGUUCGAGAGCCUAAAGGAAGACGCCAACUUCCUGUUGUGGAGUAUUGGUGCCCCGAGCAACCUGACCUUCCCGGAUUUCAAAGACAGGAAUCCUCUCGCAGAGAGGACUUCCUUCAAAAUCACUCAGAGCUACUUUGCACAGCUGAACUCCACAGAGAGGCAGAAGGCCUAUGACUUUUAUUACAUGGAUUAUCUGAUGUUUAACUACCCCAAGCCCUUCAAGGACCUUUAUUAACUGGGAGGUCUUCAAAGGCACAUAAUAACAGAGAGUAUGGAGCUUGCCAUAACACACACAACCCAUAAUGGGAAUUGACUGCUUCAGCAGGUUAAGGUUAACAUUUAAAGUUUGGACAAGUGAAACGACUUCAUGUAGGUUAAGUUCAAAGAACUAUAACAAGUUGGAUUAAGUGGUAACUUCGUUUACUACAAUAACGUUCAGGUGUCUAAAACAAUCCUUAUGGCAAUGCUACAAGGUAAAACAUUAUUAUGGAUCAAGCAAAGCACAUCAGGGGUGUGCGAGAAGCAUGAUGUUUGCUUGUCAGUGUCGAUUCAAGUGGGAGAACAAGUGACGACCAGACCUAGCACACCGAUGUGAAACUUGUGUUAGUGAAGCAAUGCUACAAAAUGUGGCCCUCAUAUCAGAUUUUAUCCUAUUUGAGGCUUUGCCUUUUAUUGUCCUAACUGAAUAAUCUAAUUGUUCAAUAUUGGGCCACAUUCUACAAUUCAAUGCAGUCCUGACUAAGUUGACUCAAAGAAAUACAUUACCUCUGAAUGGCUGAACUUUUCUACAGGACUGACAGUAGUGCCACAUUACCUUGGACUGCCGUUGCAGACUACAAGCUCUUAACUCACACAUCCAUAUUGGCACUGAUGUGGAAGGAAUUGGCCACAGGAUAAUGGCCCUAACAAGGUCAAAUAGGUAGAAAUGUUGACUUGUUGUGCUAUAGCUGCAGACAGAGGCUGCAUCCAUCACUAGUAUGCACCAGUGCUAUUAAAAUUAUGCGGUUGCCAGGUUGAGAUUUGUGCGCUUGGAUGUUCCUGUGGGCCUUCAAUAGCCA